ACGUUAGUUAAAUUCAAUUUCCAUCAGCUGAACUCAUGCGAGUUAUUUCAAACUGGAAAGUUUCAUGUUAUUAGCCAAUUAUUUCACAUGGUAAAGUUACAAACUAUAUUUAAACCAACUUCUUGUUAACCUUAACAAUGCCUAAGAAGAAAACUGGACAACGUAAGAAAGCUGAAAAGCAAAAACUGAGGCAAAAGGAGAUCAGAAAUGCGAGAGAACAUGUUGAUUUAGCACAGCACCCUUGUAAUAUGGCAAUGGAAUGUGACAAGUGCCAAAAAAAACAGAAAAGUCGCGCCUUCUGUUACUUCUGUUCGGCUGUGCAGCGUCUACCGGCGUGUGCUCAAUGUGGCAAGAUGAAGUGCAUGCUUAAAUCCGGAGACUGUGUAGUCCGUCAUCCUGGAGUAUUCACUACAGGCAUGGGAAUGGUGGGUGCAAUCUGUGACUUUUGUGAAGCCUGGGUCUGUCAUGGACGUAAGUGCCUCACCUCCCAUGCUUGUACAUGCCCCCUGGCUGAUGCUGUGUGUCUUGAGUGUGAGAGAGGCGUGUGGGAACAUGGUGGCAGAGUGUUCCGAUGUUGUUUCUGUCAGGGCUUCCUCUGUGAGGAUGACCAGUUUGAACAUCAAGCUUCUUGUCAAGUGCUAGAGUCUGAGACAUAUAAAUGUCAAUCAUGUAACCGUCUCGGCCAGUACUCAUGUCUUCGUUGCAAGACAUGUUUCUGUGAUGAGCAUGUCCGUCGCAGGCCUACCGGGAAGCCCUCCCGCACAUCACCGCCUUGUCCUCGCUGUGGCUACAUGCUGCACCUCACCGCUGACCUCAGCAUGUCCACUCGCUCGCAUCGCUACGGUCGCCAGGGCGCCGCGGCGGCGGACGACGACGACGAUGAUGAUGGUUCAUACGGAAACGCAACUGGGUACAGUGGCUAUGACGCUGAUGGUGGAAUGGAGGGCGGAGACUAUUCGUACUCCGAGUCUGAGGAUGACGAUGACGACGAGUCUGAAGACGAAGACUCAGAAGAAGAGGAACCUGAGAACUCUGGCAAUACAAGCAAGAAUUCCUGAACAAUAUUCUAAUAAUGGCAAUUUCAAACUAUUAGUUUUGUGUAUACAAUCUUAUAAGCACAUUUUUGUGCUACGCUUAUUUAUAAAAAUAAAUUGCUGCUAUAUAAAAUA